AUGAGUCGCCAGUUCCCUUACUCAAGCGCUCCACUCCGUUCCGUCAAGGAAGUUCAGUUCGGCUUGUUGUCGCCAGAAGAAGUGCGUGCCAUUUCCGUAGCCAAGAUUGAAUACCCCGAGACCAUGGACCAGACCACCAAGACUCCUAGAGAAGGUGGUUUGAACGAUCCUCGUUUAGGUUCAAUCGACAGAAACUUUAGAUGUCAGACCUGUGGCGAGGAUAUGGCCGAAUGUCCGGGCCAUUUCGGUCACAUUGAGUUGGCCAAGCCGGUGUUCCACAUUGGGUUCAUCGCCAAAAUCAAGAAGGUAUGUGAGUGUGUAUGUAUGCACUGCGGAAAGUUGUUGCUCGAUGAAAACAACCCCGCCAUGGCUCAAGCUAUCAAAAUAAGAGACCCCAAGAAGAGGUUCAACGCCGUCUGGCAGUUGUGUAAGGCUAAAAUGGUUUGUGAAACCGAUAUCAUAGAAGAGGGAGCUACUGAAACCACAACCAGAGGUGGUUGUGGUCAUACUCAGCCCACCAUUCGUAGAGAUGGGUUGAAGUUAUGGGGUACCUGGAGACAUAACAAGAAUUUUGAAGAAAACGAACAGCCUGAACGUAGAUUGUUGACUCCUUCAGAGAUCUUGAAUGUUCUUAAACAUAUAAGCUCCUUGGACUGUUUGAGACUUGGCUUCAACGAGGACUAUGCCAGACCAGAGUGGAUGUUGAUCACAGUUUUGCCUGUGCCUCCUCCACCUGUCAGACCUUCGAUUGCUUUCAACGACACUGCCAGGGGGGAAGAUGAUUUAACUUUCAAGUUGGCCGAUGUUUUGAAAGCUAACAUCAAUGUGCAAAGGUUGGAAAUGGACGGCUCUCCUCAGCAUGUGAUCUCUGAGUUCGAGGCUUUGUUGCAAUUCCACGUAGCCACAUAUAUGGAUAACGAUAUUGCUGGCCAGCCCCAGGCUCUCCAGAAGACAGGUCGUCCUAUCAAAUCUAUUAGAGCAAGAUUAAAGGGUAAGGAAGGUAGAUUGAGAGGUAACUUGAUGGGUAAGCGUGUCGACUUUUCCGCUCGUACCGUUAUUUCGGGUGAUCCAAAUCUUGAUUUAGACCAGGUUGGAGUACCAAUUUCCAUCGCUCGAACAUUGUCGUACCCUGAGGUUGUCACCCCAUACAAUAUUCAUAGAUUGACUGAGUACGUCAGAAACGGUCCAAACGAACAUCCUGGUGCCAAGUACGUUAUCAGAGACACCGGUGAUCGUAUCGACUUGCGUUAUAACAAGAGAGCUGGUGACAUUGCAUUACAAUACGGCUGGAAGGUUGAACGUCACUUGAUGGACAAUGACCCUGUGUUGUUCAACCGUCAACCCUCCUUGCACAAGAUGUCCAUGAUGGCCCACAGAGUUAAAGUUAUGCCAUAUUCCACAUUUAGAUUGAAUUUGUCAGUCACAUCGCCAUAUAACGCCGAUUUUGAUGGUGAUGAAAUGAACUUGCAUGUACCUCAAUCUCCAGAGACUAGAGCUGAAUUGUCGGAAAUUUGCGCUGUACCUCUUCAAAUUGUUUCUCCACAAUCGAAUAAGCCAGUUAUGGGUAUUGUGCAAGAUACGUUGUGUGGUAUUCGUAAGAUGACCUUGCGUGACAACUUCAUUGAUUACGACCAAGUUAUGAAUAUGUUAUACUGGAUUCCGAACUGGGACGGUGUGAUUCCUCCUCCAGCUAUUGCUAAGCCCAAACCAUUGUGGACCGGUAAGCAGUUGUUGUCUAUGGCCAUUCCAAAGGGUAUACACUUGCAAAGAUUUGAUGGGGGAAAAGAUUUGUUAAGUCCCAAGGACACCGGUAUGUUGAUUGUAGAUGGUGAGAUCAUGUUUGGAGUUGUCGAUAAGAAGACGGUUGGUGCCACAGGUGGUGGUUUAAUUCACACUGUUAUGAGAGAAAAAGGCCCUCGUGUGUGUGCUCAGCUUUUCAGCUCUAUUCAAAAGGUGACCAACUACUGGUUAUUACAUAAUGGUUUCUCUAUCGGUAUUGGUGAUACCAUUGCUGAUGUAAGUACCAUGAAAGAUAUCACUUCAACCAUUAGUGAGGCCAAAAUCAAGGUGCAGGAAAUCAUCUUGGACGCACAACUGAACAAGUUGGAACCUGAACCAGGUAUGACAUUAAGAGAAUCGUUCGAACAUAACGUUUCUCGUGUCCUUAAUCAAGCUCGUGAUACCGCUGGUCGUUCCGCAGAAAUGAAUUUAAAGGACUUAAAUAACGUCAAGCAGAUGGUGGUUUCAGGUUCCAAGGGUUCUUUCAUUAAUAUCUCGCAAAUGUCUGCAUGUGUGGGUCAACAGAUUGUAGAAGGGAAGAGAAUUCCCUUUGGUUUUUCUGAUCGUACCUUGCCUCAUUUCACAAAGGAUGAUUACUCUCCCGAGUCGAAGGGUUUUGUUGAAAAUUCUUACUUGAGAGGGUUGACUCCUCAAGAAUUCUUCUUCCACGCCAUGGCUGGUAGAGAAGGUCUUAUCGAUACUGCCGUCAAAACUGCCGAAACUGGUUAUAUUCAACGUCGUUUGGUGAAAGCUUUGGAGGAUAUCAUGGUCCAUUACGAUGGUACAACCAGAAACUCCUUGGGUGAUAUCAUUCAAUUCGUCUAUGGUGAAGACGGUAUCGAUGGUACCCAAGUUGAGAAGCAAUCUGUUGAUACUAUUCCAGGAUCCAACGAUAGUUUCGAACGUCGUUUCAGAAUCGACGUCUUGGACUCUUCAAAAUCCAUUCCAGAAUCAUUGUUAGAAUCCGGCAAGGAAAUUAAGGGUGAUGUCAAGUUACAGAAGGUUUUGGACGAAGAGUACAAACAGCUCUUGGAUGACCGUAAGUACUUAAGAGAAGUCUGUUUCCCUAAUGGUGACUUCUCAUGGCCAUUACCAGUGAAUUUGCGUCGUAUUAUUCAGAAUGCUCAACAGAUUUUCCACAAUGGUCGUUACAAGGCUUCUGAUUUGAGAUUGGAUGAAGUUAUCGUUGGCGUUAGAUCUCUUUGUGAAAAAUUGCUUGUUGUUCGUGGUGAUACUGAAUUAGUCAAAGAAGCCCAAGCAAAUGCCACAUUAUUAUUCCAAUGUUUGGUUAGAUCUAGAUUGGCAUCACGUAGAGUGAUUGAAGAAUUCAAGUUGAACAGAUCUUCAUUUGAGUGGGUUGUGGGUGAAAUUGAAACUCAAUUCCAGAAGUCCAUUGUUCACCCUGGUGAAAUGGUUGGUGUGAUCGCAGCACAGUCCAUCGGUGAACCAGCCACCCAAAUGACCUUGAACACUUUCCAUUAUGCCGGUGUGUCUUCUAAGAACGUUACUUUGGGUGUUCCUCGUCUUAAGGAAAUUCUUAAUGUUGCUAAGAACAUUAAAACUCCUGCAUUGACUGUGUACUUAGAUCCAGCGUUAUCUGACGAUAUUGAAAAGGCCAAGGUUGUCCAAUCUGCGAUCGAGCACACAAGUUUGAAAAAUGUGACUUCAUCCACAGAAAUCUACUAUGAUCCAGAUCCAAGAACAACUGUAAUCGAAGAAGAUUACGAUACCGUGGAAGCCUACUUCUCGAUUCCUGAUGAAAAGGUGGAAGAAUCUAUUGAAAAGCAAUCUCCUUGGUUACUUCGUUUAGAAUUAGAUCGUGCCAAGAUGUUGGAUAAACAAUUGACCAUGGCUCAAGUUGCUGAAAAGAUUUCCCAGAACUUUGGUGAAGAUUUGUUCGUCAUAUGGUCUGAUGAUACUGCUGAUAAGUUGAUCAUUCGUUGUCGUGUCGUUAGAGAUCCAAAGUCUCUUGAUGAGGAAGCAGAUGCUGAAGAAGAUCAGAUAUUGAAGCGUAUCGAAGCUCACAUGUUGGAAUCAAUUUCUUUACGUGGUAUCCCAGGUAUCACAAGAGUUUUCAUGAUGCAACAUAAGGUCAACACCCCUGAUGCCACUGGUGAAUUUAAACAAGGAAAGGAAUGGGUAUUGGAAACUGAUGGUGUCAAUUUGGCUGAUGUCAUGGCAGUUCCAGGUGUUGACUCUAGUCGUACCUACUCCAAUAACUUCAUUGAAAUCUUGUCUGUUCUUGGUAUUGAAGCCACACGUGCAGCCUUGUUUAAGGAAAUUCUUAAUGUGCUUUCAUUCGAUGGUUCUUAUGUGAACUAUCGUCAUAUGGCUCUUUUGGUUGAUGUUAUGACUUCUCGUGGUCACUUGAUGGCCAUUACACGUCACGGUAUUAACAGAUCGGACACCGGUGCUUUGAUGCGUUGUUCUUUCGAAGAGACUGUUGAAAUAUUGUUGGAAGCUGGUGCAUCUGCCGAGUUAGAUGAUUGUCGUGGUAUUUCUGAAAACGUAAUGUUAGGCCAAAUGGCUCCAUUAGGUACUGGUGCUUUCGAUGUUAUGCUUGACGACAAGAUGUUGCAAACUGCUCCUUCAAAUGUUGCAGUUGCUGCUGGAAAUGACGAAUUUGCUGACGAUGGAGGUGCCACUCCAUACAGAGAGUACGACAUGGAAGAUGACAAGAUUCAAUUUGAAGAAGGAGCAGGUUUCUCGCCGAUUCACACUGCACAAGUUCAAGAUGUUUCUGGAGGACUUACUUCUUAUGGAGGACAGCCAACUUCUCCUUCUGCUACCUCGCCAUUUAGUUAUGGAAGUACUUCUCCAUCAUUUGGAGGUUCAGUGUCGCCAGGUUACGGAGGAACUUCCCCAAGUUAUUCUCCAACAUCGCCAAGCUACUCACCUACUUCUCCAAGCUACUCACCUACAUCUCCAAGUUACUCUCCUACGUCACCAGCAUAUUCACCUACUUCCCCAUCUUACUCACCUACUUCCCCAAGCUACUCACCUACUUCCCCAAGCUACUCACCUACUUCCCCAAGCUACUCACCUACUUCCCCAAGUUACUCUCCAACUUCGCCAAGUUACUCACCUACUUCUCCAAGUUAUUCGCCUACUUCUCCUUCUUAUUCUCCUACUUCUCCUUCUUACUCUCCUACAUCUCCUUCUUACUCACCUACUUCUCCAAGCUACUCACCUACUUCCCCAAGUUACUCGCCAACGAGUCCCUCAUACUCUCCUACUUCGCCUAGUUACUCUCCAACUUCGCCAAGUUAUUCACCAACUUCACCACAAUACUCACCAACCUCUCCUCAGUACUCUCCAACCUCACCACUGUACUCGCCAACCUCACCACAAUACUCCCCUACUUCGCCACAGUAUUCACCAGGAUCUCCUGAAUAUUCGCCUAAUUCGCCAAAGACGGAGGAUAAGAAGAACGAAGACUAGAGAUAUCAGACAUGUAUUUGAUCACAUACUUAGCUUAUUUGUAAUUAUAUAACGUAAUAAAGAUUCUUUG